AUGGUCCUCGAGAAGAGUGCCCCAGAAGAGCGCGACUUGAAGGGAUCAGAUCAUGGAAAAAUCAAGAACCAAAAAUCGCCGAUUGGGAUACCGUGCAUGAGUGGUCGCCCACCAUGGGCCAAUCAACGUUGCUCCGGGCCGAAGCGACUUGGUGGAGUAGCUAAUCACUCCUCCGGAAUCGCUGAUCCUAUAAGUGAUAUCAUCGCACCAAUACUCAAGUUCAAGCCUACUUGGCUUCAGAUUCAACGUCAGCUGGGAAAUGGAAUGCAACUCAGCGAUACUACAGCUGGUCGAAGGAUUGCUCAAGACUUGUCCGGGAAGAUUCGGAAAUACCAGGAGAGCUUCGACUCGACAUUAGCCGAAAUCCAGCAGUCACACGAACACAAAAUACGGGCCGCUUUACAAGAACAAGCUAACAAGUUCAAACAAGAUCUUGCUGAAGCCAAGCAUGAUAGGGAGAUGUUGAAGGCAGACUUUGAGAAGAGAGUCAAGGCGGACAAUGAGCGGCGUAGGAAGCUAGCGGAAGAACAGCGUUCACCGGGAGAUUGGCAGUCAGGGCUCAAGAACGCUGCAGUCGCUAUGGGGAUGGCCAGCUUAGCCGGCUUCGCCGCCUAUAAGUACCUCAAUGGAACAACCAUGAAAUAG